UUUUGUCGUAAUGUUUGCUAACCACACUCCUCGCCUCUGCCUGGUGGUCUCACUAAACAUCUGCCUGAUGUGACUUUAUUCAUUGCUGGCAUAACAAGAUGGAGCAGAGGGAGGUUAUACAGCUUUAUCUUGAUAAUUACCUGAAAAAGAAAGAAAAGUCGGAUGAGUUUGCCAAUGAUUUCAUGAAUUUGAAAAGACAAUCUGCAAAGUAUAAAACAGAUAGAAACUAUACCACAAAGGCAGCUGAGCGGGCUGAGAAUAUUAAGAAGAACCGUUAUAAAGACAUCCUUCCAUUUGAUCACAGUCGCGUGGAACUCUCACUGAUCACCUCAGAUGAAGAAACAGAUUUUAUCAAUGCAAGUUUUAUUAGGGGUGUUUACUAUCCCAGGGCGUAUAUUGCUACACAAGGCCCGCUGCCAAAUACUGUUGUAGACUUCUGGAGAAUGAUCUGGGAAUACAAUAUUGGGGUUAUAGCCAUGGCCUGUAUGGAGUUUGAAUACGGGAAAAAAAAGUGUGAGCGCUACUGGGUGGAGGAAGGAUGUGAGGUAUUACAGUGUGGUCCAUUCUCCAUUAUAUGUGGUAAUGAGGAGAAGAAGAAGGAUUAUGUCAUCAGGACCUUGAUAGCAACUUUUGGGAGUGAAGAACGGAUAAUUCACCAAUUUCACUAUAAGAACUGGCCAGAUCAUGAUGUACCCUAUUCCAUUCAGCAUAUAUUGGACAUGAUACGAGACAUUCGUCUGCUGCAAACAGAUGAUUAUCCCCCAAUAUGUGUCCACUGCAGUGCUGGCUGUGGACGAACUGGAGUAAUUUGUGCAAUUGAUUACAUAUGGAGACUUCUGAAAGAUGAGAUUAUUCCAGUCAAUUUCAGCGUUUAUUCCAUUAUACAAGAGAUGAGAACCCAAAGAUCAUCACUAGUUCAGACUAAGGAACAGUUUGAGCUUGUCUAUAGUGCAGUCAUCCAUCUCUUCAAAAAAGAACUCGAGCAGAUCAAUGCGAUAACAGACUCCAAAGAGGAAAAAAUAUUUGGAUAUCCAACUGCUCUACAAGACAGUGACUUUAAUAGACUGCCAGACAGUAAUACAGGUAAUAACAUGAUUGGAGAAAAAUCUCAAGACUCUAUUGGGAGUUUAUCUGCAACAGCAUGCACCAGUGGAGCAACCUAUAAUGACAUUAUGGUGCCUUUAACAACUCCAAAGAUGUAUAAAACUUGCAAAACCUCAAACAUAAAUAAUCUCAGCACCCAUACCUUGGAUUUAGUCAGUCCAUGUACAAAUACACCUUAUCCUUUGUCCAGAACACAUUUUGGCAGAAUUACCCAAAAUAUCACCAGCAAUAAUUCUGAGAACAUACUUCCUGUUACUGAUAAAAGAUGCUACAAUGUGCAUGCACCAUUAAUGAGAACCAAGUCCACUCCUUUUGAACUGCUACAACAGAGACAGUUGAUCAUGUCGGAGCAUGCUGUCAAAGAACCAGCUGCCUACCCAUAUAAACCAAGUUUUCUGGAAUCUAAUGUUGGCCAAUGCUCAGGACUUACAGGCUCUUUGGGUAACAUCAGUACUGUCCAUAGUAGUCAUGUAUACAUUCGCUUGACUGAAGAUCCUUAUUUUUCUCCAACAUCCUCUUCUGAUCCCGGCUCACCAAUAUUUGCAGAUUUUUGCUUGGAAGCCCCUUCCCCUGAUAUAUCCAUACCAAAAGUCAAAGAAAUGCCAAGCUUUAACUUGCCAUUGUCUGCCUCUUAUCAUUUAUCCCAUGUGAAUGAGUCUUUUAUCCAAGAGCCACUAAAAGGGCAAGACGUAUUUCAUGACACCAUCCUAAAUUUCAAGGUUACUUCUCCCAGUGCAGAAAGUCCCCCUCCUUUGCCAGAACGCACGCCUGACUCUUUCAUUGUACCCGAUGAACAUGUUCAACCCCCUCAGGACCCUUUGAAACUGCAAUCUAUAUUACAACCCAAAGUUCCAAGUGUAAGAAUUGGCACGUCGAUGGAAUGGGGUGGUGUGUCCAAAAGUAAGAGUGAUGAUUUCAGGCUCACGGGACGUAGCAAGAGUGUAAAAGUAAGAGGGUCAAGGAGUGAAAAAACAAGGGACAGAUCACCUUCUCCGCCACCUUUACCAGAAAGAACUGAGGAUUCUUAUGUUAUUGCUGAAGAAGCUAGUGGUGUAAAAAACGUUGUUUUCGAAAUGCCGCUGACUUUACAACCCAAUGAUGUAGGAACAAGUGGCUCUUUGUCAUCUGAAGAACCUGACAAACAAAUGACAAGGAAAAAGAGUUUGAAAAUAUUGAGGAAUGUCAAAAAGAAUGUAUGCAAUUUGGUAAAACAAGAAUCUGAAACUUCUCAAUCAAGUGGUUCCCUCUCAUUCUUAAAUUUUGGAUUUGGAAAUCGAUUUUGUAAACCAAAGGGUCCCAGAAAUCCCCCCACAACGUGGAACAUAUAAUGUCUACUCAAGCAAAUGUCUUCUGUAGUAUAACUGUGCUAUUUUUCAUUUUCACCUGGAAGGUUUUGAACAUUAAGAUUUAAAAACAGAUUCCAUGCUUUCCUUAGUUAUUAUUUACAUUUAGUUUGUGACUGUUAUAUCAAAACAGGAAAUGUUUUUCCAACUGUGACAUUUCUGAAAAUAUGUUCUAUUAUCACACAAAAUUGCUGUGCACCCGGCACCCUUGUUUGCAGCUACAUGAACAGGUUAUACUGUAUAUUGAUUUAUGGGGGACAAUUGAUGCCUUGUAUAAAGCACUUGAUGAUGA